AUAAUCCUCCUCCCGAGGUAAACGAUUGGUUGCAAAAAUUCAAGCGAUGGACUCCCGUCGAACGGCUGGUUGCAGUAGAUCUGCUGAUUGAACAUUGCGACCCGACCCAGGUGCGACAGACGAUGAAGGUUAUCGAACCCCAAUUCCAGCGAGAUUUUUCACUUCUAUUGAAGGAGCUCACACUUCAAGUGCUGUCUUACCUGGAACCAAAAGAUCUUCUCCGUGCGGCUCAAACUUGUCGCAAUUGGUGUUUCCUAGCCGAAAAACGAAAGGAAGCUGUCAACAUGAUGAAAGCGAUGGGAGGUAACCGCCUGAAACGGGGCCGUGCCGGCAAUUUGCCUUCUAUUUCGUCUCAAUGGAAAGCGGCGUACAUGCGACAACACAUCAUGGAGUUGAAGUGGCGCUCGAGACCUAUUCGUACGGCUAUGGUACUAAAAGGUCACGACGACCACGUUAUCACGUGCCUUCAGUUCUGCAGGUUCCGACAACAAUACACUGAAUUAUUUAAAAUCGAAGAUCAGGCGUUGAUUAUGCCGCUACUGACUAGUGACGAAAUUAUCGACUUCUCGAAAGAUCGUGCCAUGUUAAUACGUGCCCAUGAGUCGAUUGCUUUGGACGCCUAUCAAGAAACCGUAUUCGUCAGGACCGUAAUGUUUGACGACUCCGCGAUAGUAUGCACGUGCGCAUGCAUCACAAAAAGGAUCGAUACGCAUGCUAAAAUCAACUCGAUUAUGCCAUCUAGGUAUUAAUCAAAUCGGACAUCAUCCAACAAAUUUUCGAUUGCGAUGGUUGUUGAAUCGAGUGCCCCUCCAGCACCCUUUUCAUCCAAAUAUGCCAAACACUGUCUGCCUCGAUUACUCACCAUUCAUUACCAAACCAAAGGAUGCUGUGAAAACAGAAAUGCCAAAUACAUGUCAUUUGCUAUCGACACCGGUCUAAAGUGGACACUGCGUUAAAUACUUUCUAAUACUGGAAACGAAAUCCUUAACAGUGUCCAAGGUUUCCAUUAUUUGCUGAUUAUGCUCUCAUCGUUGAUACAAGGUACGCUGAUGAUUGCCUAUACAAUGAAGUAGUUUAUCAAGACAUUUUGUAAAGAAGAAUAUGUACACAGCAAAAAAAAUCUUGUGAUAUCACAUCAAAAUCGCUGCACAUCGCUCUUUAGAUAGAGUAGUGUGAUAUUACACGAUUGCAUGGUAUGUGGAACGACGUAAGCAAAAUGAUGUAAUGAAAAGUAUGUGUUCAAGAAUGAUGCAUUGUACUCGAUGUUAUGGCGAACGAUGUGAUGACGAACGACAUAAUGUCGAAUGAUGUAAUGGCAAAUGACGUAACGGCCAACGAUGUAAUGGCGAACGAUGUAAAUGGGAACAACGUAUAGCCAGUUGCGGAAUAAACGCAGAAUAAAAUUUUGCUCCAAAAACACUUGAUAAGGUCUUUUGUAAUUUUGUCAAAUCUCAUUAUUUUUGGAUGAAAAUUUCGCACCCUAAAGCUUCAAUAUAUUAUUAUAUGCGCCAUUAAAAUCGUUUGAUUCAUACAAGAAGUAACCUAUCAAAUUUGGCUCGCAUAAAAACAAUAUACGAAUAAUAAACUGGCGAUUUUUAAUCCAAUCAUAUUGAGUUUUGAAAAAGCUACAGAUCAUAUCAAGCAUUUCUGUGGCCAAUGUGUUAUCCGGCGUUAAUUUCGCCUCUGAAUGAAAUAGACAAGUCGCUCCAAAAGUAUAAAAUGCGGUGUGAUAUGAAAAACUUGUCAGCUAUAUCUUACAUUAAAGCUAGUAUAUUUUUAUAAAUUUGGUAUGUUCGACGAAUCCAUAACAGAGAGUGGCAAAUCGCUAACUUUAUCAUGCGACGAUUCAAGAAUCGUUGCUGGGCUUGAGAAGCGCUUAAAACUAAUUUUGGGGCCAUUUGACCACAUUCCAGUGAAUCCAGGAUAUGGUCCCAGAGGGUGACUUUUUGUUCGGCUCAUUUUAUUCUGGCUCAU